CCAUGAUCUCUUCAUUGAUUGAUGAUGGAAGGAGUGAUGGAGGCAGCCUAUUUGCUAAAGAAUUUUUGUCAAUUACACUCUUCUCCCUUCUGAUAUAUACAAAAACAAUCCAAACCUACUAGACGCCUAUACCUUCACCUCAUCUCUAGCUAGCCGCUAUAAAUACGCCACUCUGAUAGACCCAAAUUCCACUUUCUUUCCUCUCUUCUUAAAUUAAUCCAUCUCUUCUUUCUUUCUCUUUAUUGGACUCCACCAAGAGCUACGAACAGGGCAGCCGCCAUGAUUUGCUUUACUGGGAAGAAGAAGAAGAAGGGCGGCAGUGAAGGUAUGGAAGGAGAGAGGGUGAGGCUGCUGGAAGAGGAGCUGGAAGCAAUAAUGUAUGAGAGAGAGAAAGAGAGCAAAGCCUAUGAGAGGGAUGUGAUGGUCUUUGCAUUCAAGGAGGCAGAGUGGAAGCAAGAGAAGAAGAAGCUCAAGGAGGAAGUGAAGAGGCUGAAGAAGGCUGUGGAAGAGAAAGAAGAGAUCAUCAAAGGGUUUUGUGAUCAGAAUUAUAUCAUGCUGGAAGAAGACUACAGUAAUUACUGGCAGCAGCUCUCAGCUGGGACAGCCACUAACUUCUUGCUGCAGCAGAUGAGGGAGGAAAGGGCACUCAGAGAUGAAGCUGUUGAUCGAUGGAAGAAGCUCUACCUUGCCAUCAAGACCGAGCUUGAUGAUCUCAUUCAGAAGACUCAUCCCGGAGAUGGAUUGAUGUACUGUCGAGCAGUAGAGGAAGAAGAAAGCGCGACAGUGGAAGAGCUCAGGAUGGAUGUGAAGUUGAAGGAAGAGACGAUAGCAGAUCUGAAAGCAAGGCUCAUUGUGUCCGAGCGGGAAGAGUUCAAUAGGGCUCGAGAAGUAGACAUUCUGCGGCAGAGUUUGAGAAUCGUCGGAAGCAGCAGCAGCAGCAGCAACAAGAAGUCGUCCAGCUUGCGCCUUGGAAGUAAACCCAACUUCUCGUUCGUCAAAAGGGUUGUGAAAGUGGUAGUCAAUUAGGAGCAUUACAACGAAAAUUAAUUAUAGACAACCGUCGAUGUAUAAAAAGGACAUCAAUGUAAUAGCAAGUGCAUACUGAUAAUAGUAAUCCUAUAAUAAUAAUAAUUGCUGCUGUGGUUAGUUUUUGCCAGAAGAC